AUGACAACUUUUCUUCUUUUCAGUCUUCUUGCACUUUCACCAUGCACAUCGGCCUCCCAGCUCCAACCUCGCUCUAUCACUCCACCUGAUGGAUGCCCUAUUCCCACAUGGCGAGUCAACAAUUUUCAAUGGUACAACGGCUCUCACGGUCUAGAUUGUAUCCAUAACCAAGCAGAUAUCGAUGCCAAAGGGUGUCUGUGUGGGAAUGGGUGGUGUGAGCCCGAUCCCGCGACGUGCAAUGGGACUAUGGUCAACCUGUGCUGGACCGGAAUGCCAAACUAUGAGCCAUGGGGUUACGGGCCGGUUGAAACACUGGACAUUGAUUUUGAGGAUGGCUUGGUUUGCCACGAUCAAUACAUUGGGUACCGCAUUCAUGAUAUGGGCCACGGCGAGAGCAACUGCGGAUAUGCCGAUCGUGGUGCUGGUCGCAUUGUUGCUUUCUACGGAACCACCAAUCUCGAAAGUUCAACAGGACAUAUGGAUUAUACACUAGGUAAUGGACAUGCAAUGAAGUGUGAGAAUGGCAGCAGCAUCACCUACUCCGGUAGCACAGACUUUGAGUUAAGCUGUUUGCACGACGCUUUCUACAACGCCACUUGUACGGCCCCUGUCUUCGAAAUCCCAGUUCUGAGCUAUAAAUGGGUCCAGUGA